CUCUCCACACGAUCCAGCGAGCACGAGCUUCUGUCGACAGCACACACGCCGAGAGCACCAGAGACGAGAUUUCGCGUUGAGAUUUUAGCGAAGGAAGGGAAGAUUUGUGGGUAGUGUUCUUCCAUGGCGUUGGCGGUGAGCACUUCUUCCACUUCCGCCAUUUCCGGGUCGAGCUUCUCCCGCGCCGGCGCCGGCGGCGGCGGCCACGGCGAGCUCCGAGCUCCACAGAUUGGCUUGUUCCGCCUGUUGGAUAGACCGCAAGGUGCGUCAAUAGCUUUGAAUGUAUCCCAAAGGAGAACCUCGGUGAAGCCCAUCAAUGCAGAGCUGAAGCGAAACGACUCGAUUGUCCCUUCGGCAGCAACGAUCGUUGCUCCUGAAGUGGAAGAGAAGGUAGAUGUGAAAGUGGAGGAUUACGAGCGGUUGGCAAAGGACCUUCUUGCUGCAUCUCCUCUUCAGAUCAUGGACAAGGCCCUUGAGAAAUUUGGGGAUGAUAUAGCGAUUGCUUUCAGUGGCGCUGAAGAUGUCGCCUUGAUUGAAUACGCGAAACUGACAGGAAGACCUUUUAGGGUAUUCAGCCUUGACACGGGAAGGCUGAACCCCGAGACAUAUCAGUUCUUUGAUGCUGUCGAGAAGCAGUACGGCAUUCACAUUGAGUAUAUGUUUCCCGAUGCUGUCGAAGUUCAGGCACUAGUCCGCAAUAAGGGGCUUUUCUCAUUCUAUGAGGACGGACAUCAGGAGUGCUGCCGUGUGAGGAAGGUGAGACCCCUCCGAAGGGCCCUCAAGGGACUCCGAGCCUGGAUCACUGGGCAGAGGAAGGAUCAGUCCCCGGGAACAAGGUCCGAGAUUCCAGUUGUUCAAGUGGACCCUGUUUUCGAGGGCAUGGAUGGUGGGGUCGGUAGCCUGGUGAAGUGGAACCCACUGGCUAAUGUUGAGGGCAAUGAUGUGUGGAGCUUUCUUAGGGCCAUGAAUGUGCCUGUGAAUUCAUUGCAUACCAAGGGAUAUGUCUCAAUUGGGUGCGAGCCGUGCACAAGGCCGGUACUUCCAGGUCAACACGAGAGGGAAGGAAGGUGGUGGUGGGAGGACGCCAAGGCGAAGGAGUGUGGGCUCCACAAAGGAAACCUGAAACAGGAUGAAGCUGGCGGCAACGGAUCAGCUCACGCAAAUGGAAGCGCUGCUGUUGCCGAUCUCUUUGACACUCAAGAUGUGGUCACCUUGAGCAGGCCUGGAAUAGAGAACCUGCUGAAGCUGGAGAACCGAAAGGAGCCAUGGCUCGUCGUGUGCUAUGCCCCAUGGUGCCCCUUCUGCCAGGCAAUGGAAGCUUCAUUUGUCGAGCUGGCCGAGAAGCUGGCGGGAAGUGGGGUGAAGGUGGGGAAGUUCAACGCGGACGGCGAUCAGAAAGAGUUUGCAAAGCAACAUUUGCAGCUGCAGAGCUUCCCAACAAUACUGUUCUUCCCUAACCACUCCUCCAAGCCCAUCAAGUACCCCUCAGAGAAGAGGGACGUCGAUUCCUUGACGGUCUUUGUGAACGCCCUGCGGUGACGGAACUCGAAAAGUCUCGCGAGGCUUUUCUUUUCGGUCGGUAGUUGAGUACGGUACUCAUUGGAAGGACGGAAGUCGAGUUACUCCAAUUCGGUUUGGCGUAAUGGCUUGGCUAGCAAGCUCAAGUUUUGUGGGCGGCGGUCCGGAUUUGCAAGACUCGGGACCUCGGACUUUCGUGUCGCUGUAUAUUUUUCUGCAUCAAUGUCGGGUAUAGUUCAUUGUUUUAUUUCGGCUUGGUCUCGGGCUUUUGCCCUUUUAGGCGGGCGUCUGUUAGAAUGAUGCUGUAGUAUUUGCGGAGAACCAUCCAAACUUUUGAGUGUAUCUCCCGUUGCAAAUCUGAGGUCCUUGUUCGGUGCGAAA